ACUGACGGUCAGAACCUGUGCUUAAAAUCAAGGUCUUUUUCAUGUGCUCAGUAACUUUCCAUUGCCAAAUAUGGUGUUGUUCCUGUUUUCUAUGCAAAGUUAAUAAAAGCCUAUUGUACAUUGCGGGGCGGGGGCAGUCGGACGAAGACAGGCUGUUAACCUGUUCUCUCUUCUCCACCGCCUCCCUUUUGCAAAGGAGUGUAUUGAAGUUGAACUGACUGGUUUGUGUUUUUAUUCACUUUGGAGAGAGUCUUACAUUUUUAUUCCUAACACACAUCUUUUGAGCAAAUAACUACUUGUGAUACUUGAACGUGGGCGUGAAUUAAUCUGCUGAUGUUGAGGCAUGAAAUCAAAAGCAAAACAAGAAGCUAAACUUUCUCUGCAGCGGAGUUCUCAUUAAUGCAGGCAAAGGUGAAUGUGGGUUUGAGAGCGUCGAUGCAUGAUAACCAUGUCUGCAGUCAGAAAGGAACUGGAGAAAACCUUAAAGUGCUACACCACAGACAUCCUCACUGACACCCAGACGGUCAGAAAUUUCUGUGAGAAGUUCUUCAAAUGGAUGCUCUGUAGGGAGACUGAGCUGGAAAGGAUUCGGGACAUCAACGACAGGGCAGACAAACUCAAGCUGAACCUCAGUGAUUGUGUUAAGUCAGAGGGGAAAGGCCAAGCCUUCAAGAAAUAUUUCAGCAACACAUUCACCCAGACAGGUAAACAGUAUGCAGAGCUGGAGAAGGAGCUGGAGGAGGUGCUGACGGACACUCUUGGAGGUUUGGAGAUGCUCCAGAGCUUCCUGGACGCCAUAGAGAAGCUGGCGGUCAGCUCUGUGCACGUGUUCAUGGAGAACCAGGUGAUCCAGCUUCCUGAAGACAUCAGCUUUGAUUAUGUUCAGGUCGUCAUCAACAACGCUAAACUCAUCUGUCCUCUCCUGCUGGAGUUUAAAAGAGACACCAAGGUUUUCUUCCUUCCUAAAAUGCAAAACGUUGAGGUGAUCGCUUAUCAUCUGGACAGAUACAUCCAGACCACGAAGAAGAUGUGUGAGAAGAUGGAUAAAAGCUGUCUGAAUGAUGACUGCCUGACGAUGACAGAAGUUGUGGUGAAGCUGGAUGUGAAUUUGUCUGAAGUUAACAUGCAGAAGAUGCUGGACCACAUCAACCAACUCAAAGACAUACAGAUGGACCAGAACUUCCGGACGGUGUUUUUGUUCCAGGAAGAAUCUUGUUCCAGGUUCAUGAAGGAGUUUAGUGAGCGUCAGCCCAGGAUGCUGCAGUUUCUGAAAGAGCUGGAGGAAAAUGCUGUUCAGCUGGACAGGAUGAACAAAGGAGCAAAGAUCUCCAGUGUUGCUGGCAGCUCGGUGGGGGCGGUUGGAGGUGUGCUGUCCAUCGUUGGUUUGGCGUUGAGUCCUGUGACGGCAGGAGCAUCCUUUGCACUCACUAUGACAGGGUUAGGGAUGGGUGUCACCAGUGGAGUCAACAGCCUCGUUACCACGGCGACUGAGCUUGGGGUCAACCGGAAGCAUCAGACAAAAGCCAACGAAGUCUUUCAAAGUUUCAUGGAGGAUGUGACUGAACUACAGGAGUGUCUUGAGGAGGUGAGCAGACAAGCAAAUACGAAACUGGAACCCAGUGACAUAGAAUUAGCUGUGGGAGUCACAAAAGUGCUUUACAAAGUUGGGGGUGUUGGUAAAAGCAUUGAUACAAUGGCUGAUUUUGCUUCAGCUGCUAAGCUGCUAAAAAGUGAGGAGUUGGUUUCAAGUGCAGGUAAAGUGGUGGUUCAGGAAGGGGCAUCUCUCCGUAGCGUUUCCAGAGUGGCUGCAGACGUCCCCGACAUCGGUCAAGCAGCUGUUAAAAGUUCUCUUACUAUGACCAAGUCAGCCAGAGCCUUGGCAAUUGGGACCAACGCCCUCUUCCUCGGCAUGGACAUCUUCUACAUCUGCACAGACAGCAUCAGUCUGUAUAAAGGCAGCGAGACAGAGGUGUCAAAAUUCAUCCGAGCCAGAGCGGCUCUGUGGAGCUCAGAGAUGGACUCCUGGAAGAAAAUCCACGACUCUCUGAGUGAGGGCCUGCAGACAUCAGAGAAGAAGGAAGCUCUUCUGGAGACGCUGUUCUACCUCAACACUGAUGUUCCAGUCGAGCAUGGAAACAUUGCCACAGCCUACCCAAGUAUUGCAGCUGACCAUGUCCAUCCUUUUAAGACUACAGUCCACCCAUCAUAUCAUAUGUGUGUGUGUUUGUUUGUUUUUCUGUUUGUGUGUUUACUUUUAUUAAUAAUUAAGAGUAUUUAGGUGUUAGGUUGUGAAUACAACUGCAUCAUCUUCUGCCAUUCUUGACCAAUUCCUGCUUUUUCCAGCAGUAACUUUUGGCCAAGAUUAACUCUUUUUUUUUUUUUUGUUCAAGUCAAAUCUUGAAAUUUGUGACAUGCCUUUGUGUUGUCCAAAUUAACAAAUGCCAAUAGACGUCUUUUCUCAACUUUGAUGUCAUUUGUAAGAGACCUACAAACGCUAAUAAAUGUCUUCAUAAGCAGCCUAAUACCACAUUAUUAAUGCUUGCUAAUGUAAGUACUUCAUUAAAGAAUGUUCUUAUGAAGUAUUACUGUAAAUUUUAUUGUAUCAUUCAAUUUUUUAAGUCUUGAAAUAAACAAAUCAG